UGUUCUUAGGAACCCCCCAUUUUCUUCUCCGUCUCUCAUCGAUCUCGCAAUAUCUCACUCUUUCUUGAAAAAACUCUUCUCUCUCUUCCUCUCUCUAAAAAUAUUUCUUAAUGGCGAUUGCUUCAGAGACCCAACCCCAAGAGAAGGCCAGUACGGAGGUAUCAGGAGAAGAGAAGAAGAGAUGGACGCUAAAUGAUUUUGAUAUAGGAAAGCCACUUGGACGUGGAAAGUUCGGUCAUGUUUACUUAGCCAGAGAAAAAAGGAGCAAUCAUAUUGUGGCUUUGAAGGUUCUGUUUAAGAGUCAGUUGCAGCAAUCACAGGUUGAACAUCAGCUCCGUCGCGAAGUUGAAAUUCAAAGUCAUCUUAGGCAUCCGAAUAUAUUGCGCCUUUAUGGUUACUUUUACGAUCAGAAACGAGUUUAUUUGAUAUUAGAAUAUGCAGCCAAAGGUGAACUCUACAAAGAAUUGCAAAAGUGUAAAUACUUCAGCGAAAGACGUGCUGCUACUGUGAGUUAUUUUUAAGCCGUCUCUUUCAAU